UUUGGGAAUUUCCUUUGUUUUUAUUGCGAGCAAAGUUGUGGAAAACGCUGAAAACUAUUUAAAAAAUGUAUAAAGAUGUGAUAAAACUGUGAUCAUAACAACAACAAAGAUGGCCAAACCUUUAAACAAUAAUAUUGGAUUAUAAUUUAUUAGUUUAACAGUGUUAUUUAAAGGUCACGACACAGGUUUUAGUGUUGUUAGUGUGGGCGGCCAAUAAUUCAUUAAAUAUGAAGCCAGGAAAAAGCGUUGAAGUCAAAGAAGAGAUCGUGGAAGUUCACACAGCGGCCCGGUCACCAUCGCCAAAGCCAAAAGCUAAGGAUCGUCCUCGUAGCGGCUCAGGAUCGCGAAAACUUUCCAAUGGUCAUGUUACUCAAGAACCCCCCGAAACUCAACAGGGAGAAUCCUCGGAGAGGUCCAAAACUCGAGAGAACUGGACUAAGUCCGAGCAAGAGUCGUUAGAUACCGAACUACCUAUACACGAUCAAAUAAAAAAGGGUAUUUUAGGUUUUGUAGAAAAAGAAAUUAAGAAAUCCGAUAAGAAUCCUUCUUUCGUAUUUUAUUCCCACGAUCCUAACGGCUUAGAUGACAAGUUUAUGAAGAAUUUGUCCAGGCCGUCCAGUGGUCAUAAAGAGAAACGCAGUCCGUCUUACAGGAAGAAAAAGAGACACUCUUCCCGUCAUAGAGAUAGGGAUUUGCACGAUUUUGAAAUACCUGGGUCUAGCCUUAUUGCUUUAGAAAAGGUUGAUGAUUACUUAAAAGAGUAUAACAAGGAUGAAGUGGUAACUUUAAGCGGAGAGUUAGAAAUCGAAGCACACGAUGUAGAAAAUAACAACGGCUCACCAAAAGAACUGAAGCACAAACCUAGGAAGACUCGACGGAAACUGAGAGAGGAUAGGCAUGAUACUAAUGCUAACGGAAGGGAUGUUAGCCCGAAGGUGUUUAAGACUGGAACUAGGUCCAAAACUAGUGGUAAAGCAGCUCGGCCCACCGACCUAACAGCAAUGCUAGAAAGUUUAGAGUCCAAUGUCCCAUAUCACGACCAGUACAUAGAUAACCCGUUCUCAUCACCUUCACCACUUACAUCACCCAAUGAUGAACGGAUCAACCCCUUCGGAGCUCAGAGACCUGAGAAGAUAUACCUCCAGGGAGGUGGGACGUUCAGAGCAGUUUCUAGGGAUAGAAUAUUGGAAUCACAGCAAUCAAGAGAUGAGGAUAGGUAUUUAAGGAUAGGCAACCUGACCCCCUUGGAUGUAGCUCUAACAGCUCAAAAGGCGUGGCGCAACUGCGCACCAGCAUGCCAUGGCGUGCUGGGCGGUCUAUCACUCUUACACCUGCUGCUGAUUAGCUAUUCGGACAGUCUGGAUGCGGGCCAUCUUUCCUUCCACGCGCUGGUCACCAUGCCAUAUGUGGCCACUUACUACUUCUUCUGUGUGCUAUGUUUGCUGUCAGUAUUAGACAGGUUAGACGUAACCAGCAUCGACUUGACCCGCGGCCUGCAGCCGUGGUUCCAACCUAUAGUACUAGUGAUCCUGUACACAGCUUGCCUGCUCGUGUGCACGGCGGCCAGGAUGUAUGACGAGCUGAUGGUGUACCAGUACGCGCCGCUGGUGGCCAACAUCACCGCCAAUAUGACCACCCCCACAAUCCCGACGUUCUACCACACGUGGACUCACUUCUCAAUAUGGCGCGCGGUUCUCUCGAUCCUGGGCUUAGUGUACUUCAUCAUAUCAAAUCCCCCCGACCUGGUCCAUGUGAAUCUCAGCAAACUGCUACAGUUCAAACAUUCGCUACAGAGUAUUGGAUGAUCAUUUUAUUUUGUUAUUCUUUACAUUGGGUAAUGAUUUAGUUUGUUUUGUAGAUUAUACACUACAUAAAUUAUGCAGAUAGAAUAUGCUCUAUCUCAAAUUUUGGACGAUUUCACUAUUUCAUACUCUGCAGUGCUACAAUUUUACUGUCUCUACGGAGCAGUUAUUAUGAGACUCUCUCUGUUACGCAAUCCCAUGCAAACGACAAAGACAAAAAGUCGGUGGGCGUUUGUGAUUGGUUGGUUACUCAAAACGGUUAACACCCACUGAUUUUUUUUCUUUGUAAUUGGUAUGGGAUUACGUAACAAAGGAAGAGCUCUAUAUCAAGUUCGAGAAAACUUGAUAUACAUCCAUAGAUAUACAUAGCAUAGAUCUACAUCCACGGAGCAGGGAUUGAGUGUAGACAGUUAUCUAGUAUGAAAUAAAAAUUCGAAAAGCAAGCAAGUGAAUCUUCGCUAGUAAGUGUACAUACUUACUAGCAAAGAUUCACUUGCUUCACUUACAUUGGCAGGCGUAUAUAAUCACUAUUUAGCUGAAGGAAACAAGUUUUUUCCUUCUUCCUAUAGUGUUCCUAAAAUUGAGAUAGUUGCUAUUGGCAUAACGCAAAAAUGAGCAGGUGGGUUCCUGCAGUAGCAGAACUGUUUAAGUAUUUCUUAUUUUUUCUGUGACAGGUAAUUUGUAAGAAAAAAAAAACUUUAAGUAAGUUUGCAUUUAUUUACAUUAAUUACUUUAGAAGAUAACUAGCACAAUAUUUCACAAAGUUACAUUUUAAGUUUUUAUUUACAUCGUUUUCAUUUAUCAAAGCUGACUUUAUUUUGACUGUACAUUAAUAUAUAGUAGUCAUCGUUUUAUUUAUAUACUACCACUUUUAUAAGUUACGCAGAUGUACUUGCGCAGAAGUCUGAUUUUUGAAUGGCGCGAAAAUACCUCAGCCAAUUAUAGGAUCGGUGCGCCAUUGAUUGUUGCCUACGUUCUUGUUUUUAAAAUCAGAACAUCAAGCAAUAAUGUCUGUAUUUCAUUGGUGUACACUCGGUUUUGGUCGGCGUUAAGUUGCACAAACGAAUUUUGCCGAUGCGAAUUAUAAAAGUGGUAGUGUUGUACAUUCCAUAAAAGAUCUCAUUUAUCAUUUGAAUCUAGUCCAAAGUUCCAAAAAUAAUUGCUAAGGCUGAUAUUAUGAUAUUCGUUUAGUUGUUAAUAAUAAUAAUUCGAGUACAUAAUAUUAAAUAUCACGACCUGUAUCAAAAUAUAUAUAAAAUAUAACUAGUUUUAAAGUAAUCAUAUUAUUAUGGUUAAUUCUGUUAUAUACAUAAUCUCUAAACUAAACUAUAAUAUCUAAAUAAAUGUAUUGCAAUCCCUUUUGUAAUGUUCCCUACGGAAAAUGUUAAAAUGACAGGCCUAUGGCAUGUAUGACAUGUAUGGCAUAAUGCUCCUUGCGGAAAAGAAUAGCACUAGAAUGUAGGCCUGUCAAUUUAGUUUAGAGUUUGUGUACAAUUGGGCAUAUUAGUACUGGUUCUGAGCGCAACUAAAAUUUAGAGUAUUCACAUCUCUUUCUUACCGAUGU